UGGAAGCGGAUCGAGCGUGUCCGUUGUUCCUGUUCGUGGACGAUCACCGCGCGGCGACCUGGUGUAUGGCCUCAUCGGCUGAUUCGUUUCACUCGGGACCAGGUGACUCUGUACGAUCUCGGAUAUGAUCACCGUGGUGACUCGCGUCGCGCGAGAUACACGGUCCCGAUAGCGAUCGCGAUUAUCGUUUAGGGAGAAUUUCGGAGUGGACCGAUUAUUUACAGUGCGAAACAAGUUCUUCGCGUCACGUUGUGUACUGGGUAGCAGAAGGUUUUUCAGUGCUCGACGGUCUUAUUUAUCUCGUUUUGCGGGAGUGUGACGUGGUCCCUUGGCUCCGAUCGUCAGUGAGACUCGACGUGCAAGUGAACGACGCGGAAGUGAAGAAUAAUUUUAACGAGGAUCCAAGUGCCCAGUAUCAUAUAAUCUCGUCCUGGUGAUCGACGAACGUAACGCGGGGAGCGUUCGAAGGACCUCCGGUUCGGCCGCGAAGCCUAGCCGUCGGACGCCAGGACAGCGAUCGGUGUCCCGAUCCUGCGGAACCGUAGAUCGAUAAGGGAUUGUCGAUCUAGUUCGCUUCGAUUGGAUACCAACCUGAAAACGGAGUGAUUUACGGAGUGUCAGUGACAGUUCUGUGUGUUAUCCGUUCAAGUUUCGUGCGAUGUACAUCGACCACGCCGUCUUCGUCUUCCAUCUUAAUUUAUAUUUCUCCUGAAGAGGUCUGCAAUCAACGGCCAAAACGUUGAGGCGUAGUCGGAGCUCGGAACUUCACGAUGGAGUGCCGCAAGGGUCGACGGAAAGGUCUACUCAGUGGCCUGGUGUUUGCGUGGCUCCUAACCAGCGGUUGGACCGUCGCGGCGCGAAAUAUAGAGAGGUACGACACCGCGUACGCCUGCGAGGGCAAAACACUGCUGAUCGAAUGCGGCGAGGGAAAGCUGAUCCAUCUGAUCAGAGCGAACUACGGGAGGUACUCCAUAGCGAUAUGCAACGAGCACGGGAACACCGAUUGGAGCGUCAACUGCAUGUCGACCAAGUCCUACCGCGUGCUGAACAGCGAGUGCAACAACCAGCAAAACUGCAGCAUCGUUGCGUCCAUGUCGCAAUUCGGCGAUCCUUGUCCCAACACGCACAAGUACCUCGAGGCGCACUACCGAUGCGUGUCCGCGGCCACGACCACGACAACGUCCCGUCCGAGCCCGCCGUGGCUCACGACUUCGCAGCCAAGCGUUUGGAGCACGGCUAAGCCGACUGUCAGGCCUCCCUCUAGGAUUACGACACCCCCAGCUCAACAGCAGCCCCAGCCGCCGGCGCAGUCCACCCCCACGCUGCCAAUAACCACCACGUCAAGUCCCACGUCAACGAGGUCCCCAGUCGAUAUGGAGGUAGUCGAAGUGGACCAGGACUUAAUACUUCCUGCAAACGUUCCGUCUGCGAACGGACCUGCGGUGCCUCCAACUGUUCCUGAAACCACUCAGGCCACAACAACGUCGACCUUCGCCUCUUGGAGAACGAAUCUAAGGACCACUGUGCCCAGCACGCUCUACCCGGAGUCCAGCUCGAAUGGCCAAUGGUACGACUACGGUAGACAAGUGUGUCCCCCGGUGGUGGCCAGGACGCUCACCUGGAACACGACCAGAGCCGGCGACGUGGCGGUCCAGAGUUGUCCCGGCGGUGCCAACGGUUUGGCACGCUGGAGAUGUUUGGCCAAAGGUGACUCGGCCUUCUGGCACAGGGACAGCCCGGAUCUCAGCGAAUGUCGUUCCGUGUGGUUGACCACCCUGGAGAAUAGAGUGACGGAGGGUGACGUUAUCCUGGGCAUCAGCAGAGAGCUGUCGCAGGUGACGAACAACAGCAGAGGACUCUACGGCGGCGACAUGAUGAUCACCACCAAGAUCAUGAAGAACAUGGCGGAGAAGAUGGCCCAGGAUAUAAGGACGUACCAGGACGCGAGCCAGAGGGAGGUCAGCGUCACGGAGCUGCUUCAGGGUGUCGUCAGGACAGGCAGCAAUCUCCUGGACAAAGCUCAGAUGGCGUCUUGGAAGGAUCUUAGCCAUCAGGAGCAGAUGAGGGUCGCCACAUCGUUGUUGACUGGACUCGAGGAGAACGCGUUCUUGUUGGCGGACACGCUGAUGCACGAGAAGACCAUCACCCACGAAGGAAGGAACAUACUGUUGGAAGUGCGCGUGUUGGACGCCCGAAACAUCGGGGACGAUCUCGAAGUGUUCCCCACCGAGGCGGCCCAACAAAGGUGGGCAGCUUCAAACGAUCGGGUGGAGCUGACCAGAGGCGCUUUGCUGGAGAACAGUCACGGCGGUAUUGUCCGUUUAGUUUUCAUGGCCUUUGACAGACUCGAGGAGAUCUUGCAGCCGCAAGCCGAGGUAUCGUCGUUGGUCAUGAAUGACGACCCGCAACCGCUGCCGAAAAGGAACACGACUAGGCUCCUCAACAGCAAAGUGAUCUCCGCGUCUCUGGGCAAAGGGAGGCACAUACAGCUCAGCGAACCCGUCAGAGUCUAUUUCAAACAUCUGUCGAUAGAGAACGUCACCAAUCCAACUUGCGUCUUCUGGGACUACAUCUUAAGCGCUUGGUCGGAAGAGGGUUGCCUGAUACGCAAAACCAACGAGACCCACACGAUCUGCGAGUGCAACCAUUUGACAAACUUCGCCGUUCUCAUGGACGUGCAUGCCGUCAGGCUGGACAUCGCUCAUCAAGUGGCGCUGCAGAUCAUCACCUACAUCGGUUGCAUCAUUUCCGUGGUCUGUCUCGUCCUGGCCAUCCUGACGUUUCAAUUAUUUCGCGGACUGAAGUCGGACAGAACGACCAUCCACAAGAAUCUCUGCGUGUGCCUGCUAAUCGCGGAAAUUUUAUUCGUUUGCGGAAUCGGUCAAACGAAUCAGAGAAUUGUCUGCGGCAUCGUCGCUGGACUCUUGCACUUCUUCUUCCUCUGCGCGUUCGCCUGGAUGUUCCUCGAAGGAUUCCAAUUAUACGUGAUGCUGAUCGAGGUCUUCGAGGCGGAAAAAUCGAGGCUCCGCUGGUACUAUCUGGUCGCUUACGGUGCUCCUCUGCUCGUCGUUGCUAUAUCUUGUAUAAUCGAUCCUCUCAGUUACGGUACCGAUCGAUAUUGCUGGCUCAGAGCAGACAACUAUUUCAUCUUCAGCUUCGUUGGACCUGUGAUACUCGUUAUACUGGCGAACUUGGUAUUCCUGUCGAUGGCAAUUUACAUGAUGUGCCGGCACGCGAACACGACAGUAGCGAUGAAGAGUAAGGAGCACUCACGAUUGGCCAGUGCAAGUGGAAAGGAAGAGAAUGCUCUUCCCAACAAAUUGCAAGCGCACUUGGCAUGGCUGAGAGGCGCAAUCGUCCUGGUCUUUCUGCUGGGACUCACCUGGACGUUCGGGCUCCUCUACUUGAACCAAGAGUCCGUCGCGAUGGCGUACAUCUUCACCAUAUUGAAUAGUCUCCAGGGGCUGUUUAUCUUUGUGUUCCAUUGCGUUCAGAACGAGAAGGUGAGGAAGGAAUACAGGAAGUUCGUGCGUCGGCAUUCCUGGCUACCGAAGUGCCUGAGGUGCUCGAAGACGGUGACAGGUGGUUCUGGUGGCUCGUCGGGCACCAGCGGGGGCGCUGGCGGAGCAAACGGCGGCAAGGAUUUCGCCUCGCACAACACCUCGUCGAACCCGUCAGCGCCGACGACCGACAGCUCAGGAUUGUCUCCGCACACCGCCUCCAAUUACCUGGCGUCCGGUCGAAGCUGGGCGAUAGUCGAUAGGCAACCGGCAGUAACAGUGGCAGGUGAAUCCUCUCCAACAGAGGCUCACAUCGUGGCCACCCUGCCGUACGCCCGUCACGCCUUCUUACCCUCAGCUCCCAAUAUCCCCAAAUCUGCCACCGCCACUUGGGGCCACCUUAACAAAAACCUCAUGUGGAAGAACAUUUCUUUUAAAUCGUACUCCCGCGACUCUGGGCACGGCGGCUCCGAGCAGGAGGACUCGCCGAGGACGCACAACACCCUAACGCUGGGCCAUUCGGGACGGAACCGCGGCGCGCGAGGCAUGAACGAGACGAACGACAUCAGCGGCAACAGGACAACCGGCGGCGGGGGCGGCAGACGCGCGGCGAUGCCGUACAACCACACGUACACGGAGAUCAUCGACGGUCGCGCGAACGGGCCUGUGCACCAUCAGCUGCACGGCCACCACGGUCAGCACGUGCACCUUCCGCGGGGCCUGGCGAACGAGGACGAUCCGGUUUACGAGGAGAUCGAGCGCGGGGGCGGCGGUGGCGGCGAAAUCCAGGUGUCGGACAUGUCGGACGAGGACGGUAGGAGACAGAGCGACAUGAGCAGACAGUCGUCGAGGAGUUACGGGGAUCACAGGCCGCUGAUACCGUACUCGCCCGCCACCGACCGGAACCUGGUGCACUACGGACAGACGCCGACGGACCGCGGGAACAUCCACUACGACCCAUCGGAGUACAGCCCCGCGGUCGAGCGCACUCUGAACGCCUGCUGGGAGAAGAUGCGCAAGCAGCAGGCCAGGUACGAGCGCGGCGAGCUGCCGCGUCUUCCGGCGAGCUACGGUAUACCGCCUCAACAGGAUCACACGCGAACGGUCGCGGUCCUGGACGGGCACACCGUCGUCUGUCACCUCCAGCCGCAGACGGAUAUGUACACCGGCCGCGGGAUGCCGCCGCCAUCCUACAGCGAGUGUUAGGACGCGUCAGCCGCGGCAGGAUCCCGUCGUCUUCGUCUUCCCGCGCGCGGACGACCGACACGCUCCUCGCCGUCGUUGACGUCGAUCGAGGAGUCCUUGCCGUGAAUACAGACCGGUCCCAGCUCCUACGGACCAGCCCUGACACCGGGGAGCAGCCAGCCCGCUCUCUCAAAACGCAAACGAGGACACCGUGUUUCCAGCCAUAACGAUCAAACUGCGGCCCACCUUUGACUUCGUUUCUGUUCGCUGUUUCUUCCGCGGUGAACCGAAGACCGCGACGGAUGCGUGUCCCGUCGCGGGUCGACCGCGCGAGUGCGCGAUCGAAUUCUGUAUCGAUAGGACUAACAAAAAUAGCGGACCUCUUGUUUAGAGUAAGUCGUCGUUGUAACGUCGAUGCUCACCGCGGCAAACGACUAAACGUGACGAGUCCUCUUGAGUCGCCGAAAUCGGUUUCCGGCGGUCAACCGGCGAUUGGGGGCGUGGAGUAGUUCAAGGGACGAACGUGACUCGCGGAUCGUGAAUUCGAAUCUUCGCGAACUUGCUAGCUGUACAGUGACGAAAAUUAUGGUGCAGAUGUUGGGUAGAUAUAGUAGUCAUCGAAGUAGGCGAGAAAACGUUAGGAGACUGGAGGCCUGGAAGUCAAUGAUUUUGGAGUUUUAAGGGGAAAUUGUAUUUCGUACUACUCUGUUGUAGUUCGCAUAUGCCCGAAGAAUUCUAGGAUUUUCCCUCGUUUCUCGACCAGAGAAACUGACAUAAUGGUUAUCGAAGAGGACACUCGAGAUAACUGCCUUAUAAUACAUGCCUUGUAACUCGGAAACUAUUGAAUUCUAGAUCAAUGUUUAUUAAGAGUUUUUUGCUUCUUUUGAUGAGUAUUAUACGGAUUCUUGAGCAUGUGCAAACCUCGAUAAAUCUGUUGAGGUGUUCAUCGACAUAACUGCUAUAAAUAAAAAUUAUCUUUAUAAUUCGGAAAGUAUUGGCCUCUAGACUCAUAUUUCUUAACACUUUUUCGCUUACUUCGACGAGUACCGUGCGUGCCCGAAUUUUGGACCAUCGAUUUCAGCACAACCUGCAUACGUUGAGUAUUGUGUAAUAUAGUAGUAAUAUAACAUUAUUGUCAGUUUUUAAAAUUCAAAUAUUUUUAGCACCUUGUUAUAUAUUAUCAUCCUAAUGGCGGACAACUACUUAAGACCAAAUCGAGUUAAUAUUAUUAGUACGGAUUAAACGAAUAAAAUAAAUAAAGACUUGAGUCAGAUAAAAUGAAAGUUAGAGUGUUAGCAAUGCGUUGCUCCGACAUUAUGACGAAUUACUUCCUCGCGACGUGGAAUCGAGUCAAUUAAAUCGCGGCAAAGCUCAACUAGAGUAUUAUUCUAUUCAUCUUUAGUAAUAGAAUAGAGUUCGUUUAAACGUCUGACUUCCCUAUGUUUAUUAUAUGUAUCAAUGUGUAACGUCAAUACAGGAUUGAAAUCUCGGGAAGACGCAAUGGAAAGUCCUUGAUCUCGCUCACUUAAAAAUUAUUUAACCUUGAAUUCGUACGUUAAAAGUUACUAUCGGCUUGUAGAAUUCGAUUCUCUCGAUUACUUGUAAAUACAAACAGAAUAUAUGUAUAUUCGUAUAUAUUAAUCCUACAACACCAACUUCAACGUAGGAAAUACAUGUAUAUACACCCAAUGUCUCUUCAAAUUGAUAUCACCUUCGUAAAACAUUACGCAUUUUAACAUAGAACGGCUUGGAUUUUUCCUCGAGCCUUACAGACUACAAAUAUUUUAAACAAAUUAAAAACUACACUAUAAAGAAAAUGGUAAACACAAAUAUUAUCGUUGGAUGCGAUACGUUGAUGUUCUAGGGUUAAUCCCAUGAAUAAGACCAAGAUUUUGUAGUGUCAUUACACCUUAAAUGUUUAUAAAUCUUUCUGGACCUCUCUCACAGUUGACUUUACACAUUUUGAAGAUCUUUCUUCGUUUAAAACAUCGUCAAACAUAGGUUUCUACUAUGAGAAACCUAAUUUAGUAAUUUUAGAAUUAUUGAAUCUACUGAAAAUCAUUAACGAUGACUUUUAAUGAAUUUUAGAUGUAAUUUUCUACUGCGUUUGGUAGUAAGCUCCUAUUUGCAACGCGAUCUAUCACGUUCAAACCUCUCGAUGUUCCGAAUACUAAUUUUAGAUCGCCGCCUCGUUGCGAAAUUGUUUAAUUAUUUUGUAACGAUAAGCUUCGGAAAUUCAACGAAGAAUUCGAGCUCCUCCAACAGUUGUUUUGUAAAGUCACUUUCCUUUUGACAUGUUAUCGAUCGAACCGGUGUUAAAAAUAAAUUGCAUACCUUGAGACACACACUGUUUUAAAAAUAUUCAGUUGUUUAGCCAAAUAUCAAUAUCCCUCGUCAAUUCUUUCGUCUGAUCUCAUUGCUCAAAAGUAAUAUUCCUUCGUCCAUACUAACAACAACAGUGUCGACAUAAAUGCUUUGCAUUUGGUAGUUAACCGAGCGGUCUUAGGUUAUUGUCCCCGGUUACGACACGAUAUAACAAAAUGUUAAAAAUACUUGUAUAAGCUAAAAGUAAAUUGUACUAAUUGGGUAUCAUUUUACAUGCUUCUCAGUGUGUACCACUCGUUUAGCAAAAAAUUUCAUCUACGAAACGUCGAUCACGUUCGUUCCGUAAAUUGCGAAGCGUUCUCAAGUCGCCAGCCACCGCCGUGUAAAUUGCUAGAUCCACGAAGCAACGCGUUUUCUGGUAAACGGAACUCCUCGAAACCGAUCCUCGUGGGCGUAACGAUCGAGGAACCUUCGUUGCCUGGCCCUGGUCUUUGUUAGUUAACGAGAACGAGGCGUAGCGUUCGCCGACAUAGCGAAAAAGAACGAUAACUCGACGGUCGUGGAACCGUGGUUCAGUGAUGAAGCACUGAUCAGCAGACAUAUCGACGUGGGUGGAGAAUGGUUUCAUCGACGGGCGCAAGGAAGUCGUGUUUCUUCGUUGACGGGCCGCGGGGAUCGACGAAGGCUCCGAUCUUGAUCCCCGAUGGGAAUCGGCGACGACGCGAUAAAGGGAUCCCGAAGCUUGCUUCUGCUUUUAAAAACGGUCUCGACCGUCGGUCGUGACGCGGUGACAGCGUUAGUGACAUAUCGCGAGUUGCUGGCCCUCGCAGCGGGAAAGAAUGCCGAGUAACGUUUAAUUAAUCGCAGUAUCGCAAUUGUAUUUUUAGUGGUCGCAUCCGUAGAUGGUUGCUCCUCGAGACGAACAUUCGCGAUCUACCGAAAAUGGCGGCGAUGUCGUCGCAUUCGCGGAAUAAAUCCUCGAGUUCCGACGCAAAGAAAGGAACGUGCCCAUUCCGCGAGUCUCGUCGGGCGAAGAAAAAUGGACAGGAAAACGUCUAGAAACGGAAACGAAUAACGCAGGGCAAACGGCUAGAGUACCUUUAUCGGUCGUCCCAGCCAGCUCCUCAUUGUACAUUGCUUUGGUUACGUUUUAG